ACCCGCGGUCGCCACCGCCGCGGCGGCGGCCCGGGGCUGGCGGCGUCCGGGAGGUUCUUUCCUCCCGCCGAUGGGACCGCGCUGCUGCCGCCUCCUCGCCCCGCCUGGGCUUCAGAAACGCCGUGCACACCCCCAAAGAGAGAUGUUUUACGGGGUGUCUGAGAGCAGUGGGCCUGGGAGAGGUGAGAGGGGGAGGUAAAAUGCACACUUGCUGCCCCCCAGUAACUUUGGAACAGGACCUUCACAGAAAAAUGCAUAGCUGGAUGCUGCAGACUCUAGCGUUUGCUCUAACAUCUCUCGUCCUUUCAUGUGCAGAAACCAUCGAUUAUUAUGGGGAAAUCUGUGACAAUGCAUGUCCUUGUGAGGAGAAGGACGGCAUUUUAACUGUGAGCUGUGAAAAUCGGGGGAUCAUCAGCCUCUCUGAAAUUAGCCCUCCCCGUUUCCCAAUCUACCACCUCUUGUUAUCUGGAAACCUUUUGAACCGACUCUAUCCCAAUGAGUUUGUCAAUUACACUGGGGCUUCAAUUUUGCAUCUGGGUAGCAAUGUUAUCCAGGACAUAGAGACCGGGGCUUUCCAUGGGCUGCGGGGUUUAAGGAGAUUGCAUCUAAACAAUAAUAAACUGGAACUUUUGCGUGAUGAUACCUUUCUUGGCUUGGAGAGCCUGGAGUACCUACAGGUCGAUUACAAUUACAUCAGUGUCAUUGAACCCAAUGCUUUUGGGAAACUGCAUUUGCUGCAGGUGCUGAUCCUCAAUGACAACCUCUUGUCCGGUUUACCCAACAACCUUUUCCGCUUUGUGCCCUUAACCCACUUGGACCUACGGGGGAAUCGGUUGAAACUUCUGCCCUAUGUGGGGUUGUUGCAGCACAUGGAUAAAGUUGUGGAGUUACAGCUGGAAGAAAACCCCUGGAAUUGCUCCUGUGAGUUGAUCUCGCUCAAGGAUUGGUUGGACAGCAUCUCCUACUCUGCCCUGGUAGGGGAUGUGGUUUGUGAGACGCCCUUCCGCUUACAUGGCCGGGAUUUGGACGAGGUGUCCAAGCAGGAACUCUGCCCAAGGAAACUGAUUUCCGACUACGAGAUGAGGCCACAGACACCGUUGAGCACCACCGGGUAUUUACACACCACCCCAGCCUCGGUGAAUUCCGUGGCCACUUCUUCCUCUGCUGUUUACAAACCCCCAUUGAAGCCCCCUAAGGGGACUCGCCAACCCAACAAGCCCAGGGUGCGCCCCACCUCUCGGCAGCCCUCCAAGGACUUGGGCUAUGGCAACUAUGGCCCCAGCAUCGCCUACCAGACCAAAUCUCCGGUGCCUUUGGAGUGUCCCACCGCGUGCACUUGCAACCUGCAAAUAUCGGAUCUGGGCCUCAAUGUCAACUGCCAGGAACGCAAGAUCGAGAGCAUCGCUGAGCUGCAGCCCAAGCCCUACAACCCCAAGAAAAUGUAUCUUACGGAAAAUUACAUCGCUCUCGUGCGCAGGAGCGACUUUCUGGAGGCCACGGGGCUGGAUCUUCUGCACCUGGGCAACAACCGCAUCUCCAUGAUCCAGGAACGCGCCUUUGGGGAUCUCACCAACCUGAGGCGCCUCUACCUAAACGGCAAUAGGAUCGAGAGGCUGAGCCCGGAGUUGUUCUAUGGCCUGCAGAGCCUGCAGUAUCUCUUCCUCCAGUACAAUCUCAUCCGAGAGAUUCAGUCUGGGACUUUUGAUCCCGUCCCAAACCUCCAGCUGCUAUUCCUUAACAACAACCUCCUGCAGACCAUGCCCUCAGGUGUCUUCUCAGGCCUGACCCUCCUCAGGUUAAACCUGAGGAGUAACCACUUCACCUCCUUGCCGGUGAGUGGAGUUCUGGACCAGCUGAAGUCACUCAUCCAAAUCGACCUGCACGACAACCCUUGGGAUUGUACCUGCGACGUGGUGGGCAUGAAGCUGUGGGUCGAACAGCUCAAAGUGGGCGUCUUGGUGGACGAGGUCAUCUGCAAGGCGCCCAAGAAGUUCGCCGAGACCGAGAUGCGCUCCAUCAAGUCCGAGCUGCUGUGCCCGGACUACUCUGACGUGGUGGUUUCCACGCCCACGCCCUCCGCCCUGCAGGUCCCAGUUAGGACCAGCGCGGUGACCCCCGCGGUGCGGCUCAACAGCACCGGGGCUCCCGCGGGCUUGGGCGCCGGCGCGGGCGCCUCGUCUGUGCCCUUGUCGGUGCUGAUCCUCAGCCUGCUGCUGGUCUUCAUCAUGUCGGUGUUCGUGGCCGCCGGGCUCUUCGUGCUGGUGAUGAAGCGCAGGAAGAAGAGCCAGAGCGACCACACCAGCACCAACAACUCCGACGUGAGCUCCUUCAACAUGCAGUACAGCGUGUACAGUGGCGGCGGCGGCGCGGGCGGUCACCCGCACGCGCACGCGCACCACCGCGGGCCGGUGCUGCCCAAGGUGAAGACGCCCGCGGGCCACGUGUACGAGUACAUCCCGCAUCCGCUGGGCCACAUGUGCAAGAACCCCAUCUACCGCUCCCGCGAGGGCAACUCGGUGGAGGAUUACAAAGACCUGCACGAGCUCAAGGUCACCUACAGCGGGAACCACCACCUGCAGCAGCAGCCGCCGCCGCCGCCGCCGCCGCCGCCGCCGCCCCAGCCGCAGCCGCCGCCGCAGCUGCAGUUGCAGCCGGGGGAGGAGGAGAGGCGGGAAAGCCACCACUUGCGCAGCCCCGCCUAUAGCGUCAGCACCAUCGAGCCCCGGGAGGACCUGCUGUCGCCGGUGCAGGACGCCGACCGCUUUUACAGGGGCAUUUUAGAACCCGACAAACACUGCUCCACCACCCCGGCCGGCAACAGCCUCCCGGAAUAUCCCAAAUUCCCGUGCAGCCCGGCGGCCUACACGUUCUCCCCCAAUUAUGACCUGAGACGCCCCCACCAAUAUUUGCACCCAGGGGCAGGGGACAGCAGGCUGCGGGAACCGGUGCUCUACAGCCCCCCGAGUGCUGUCUUUGUAGAACCCAACCGGAACGAGUAUCUGGAGUUAAAAGCAAAACUAAACGUUGAGCCGGACUACCUCGAAGUGCUGGAAAAACAGACCACAUUUAGCCAGUUCUAAAAACAAAGAAACUCCCUUGGAGCUUUUGCAUUGAAAACAAACAAGCAACCAGACACACACGGUGAACACCUUUGAUUAAUUGUGUUGUUUCAACGUUUAGGGUGAAGUGCCUUGGCACGAGAUUCUCAGCUUGGGCGGAAGAUACUGAAAGGGUGUGCAGUUUCCUUUUAGUUUUACACGUGGGAAACAUUUGUGUAAACUGGGCACAUCACUUUCUCUUCUUGCGUUUGGGGGAGGAGAGAAGGGCUUUAUGGGGGCGGGGGCAGUUUGCUGGCCGGUGACUUGUUAAAGGUCGCAGUCAUUUUUUGUUGUGUUUGGAAGUGCUAAGAACGUUGGGAGCUGGCAGGGCAAAGAUUCUCAUCUUUCUCUUUUGCUCACCCCUCCUCCCUUCCUCCCCCUUUAAGCCGCGGGUGGGUCUAAAUGGCUAUUGUGGAGAGAUUAGCACACCCCAAUUUUAUUAGAAAGUUUGUUCUCUCUUUCUCUCCCUCCCCACCCCCUUCCCUGUCUCUUUCUCUGCCUCCCAGCCUCCCUUCUCAUUUCCUUUCCUUUCCUUUUUAAAGGAUGUGUUUGUAUGCAUUCUGGACAUUUGAAUUCAAAAACAAAAAUAUUGUGAUCUUGGAAAAGAUCACCUUAGAUGUGGACAAAUCAUUAAAAUUACAGAGCUAUAUGAUCCAUAAUUGAUUAGUCAAAAUAACUUAUUGAUGAAAUAUACAAAUAUUUUAUUGUAGCACCUAUUUUUAUAUGCACAUUUAGCAUUUCUCUUUCCUUCACUAUUUAGCCUAUGAUUUUCACAGAGGUGUCACGUUAUAUUGGGAAAUGCUUUUCCAAAUCUGAAGUGAUAACAGGAAGGCAUUUUUAAUCAUUAAAACUAUGGAAAACUUAAUGGCUAAAUCUUAAGGCCGAUUAUUCAACCCACCCAACUGAAUCUGUAAUAAUAAUAAAAUAAAAUAAAAACAACUAUCCCAAUGUAUAAAUGAAAAAAAAAAGGGCAAUUAAUUGGGCCAUUUGAGUGAGAAUCGUGUGCAAGUUUUGGGUUUUACUAGAAAAGAUUUAAAGGUAUUUUUAUUAGUCAACCAAAAUGAUGUGUUGAUUUGACUACUAUUGUAGCCGAGUUUUGAUUGUUUAACCAAACCCAGUUGCAUUGUACAGAUCCACGUGUACUGGCGCCUCAGAAGACCUAGUGAUGGACUGUACAAAUCUCUUUGCAAUGUCUUCAUCCCUCUGGGCAGCAAGCAAUGAUGAUAAACACAAACAGGAUCUCUGUAAGAUGGGGCCACUGUUGUUACAGUCUCAUAUGUAUCCCAGCACAUGUAAUUUUUUAAAUAGUUUCUGAAUAAACACUUGAUAACUAUGUCAAAUAUGAGGGAUUGAAGUAAUGAUUACUUAAGGUACAAAAGAAUUUACUGUGUGUGAUUGAAUAUCUCAUAACAAUAUAGGGCAUACUAUCUAACUUAUCCCUAAUAGAAAAACUGUCUCCCUAAUUAUCACAGUUAAGAAAACAUGUAUAUAUAAUGAUGCCUUUUCUGGUUCAGGGAACUGUGUCUUUCUACACAUGUCAUUUAAUGUGUUUAUUAAUGAAAUUUCAACUGUAUGCUUUGUUUCCUUACUGAAGUAUUCAUCUAGUACAUGGAGCAUGGUAAGUAAUACAUUGCAUAUUCAUUUUUCUCUCAAUAUUAUGUAUUUUGUCAUGACAGUAUUAUUUAUUCAGCCUAUAAUUUUCCAUAGUUUCCUAAUUUAACCAUGUAAAGCUACCUUCAACAAUUAGGAGAGAUCAUUUAUCUCAAGUUGAUCUAGAUACUAAAUGUUCAAAAUAUUGGUGGGUAUAAACUUUUCACCUCUGAGUAAGCUUUGCCAGUGAAUUGCAAUGACUACUUAAGGGUAGAAAAUAUUUCAGCUAGUCUGAAACUUAGAGUCAUGUAUUUUAUUGCUAGCAGUGAAUUGUCCCAUAAUCUCACCUGGGAGUUGUCCAUUAUCAAGGGCUGUCCAUGGACUAUUUUGUUUAAGAAACACUUUCUGUGGCAUUCUGCCACAAAGAGGCAGCAUUCACCCAAGAGUAAAUUGACAGUAACUGCUCGAAUUCAAAUUGAACAGGUGGUAGCAGAUUCCCUGAGGAAUUAAAAAUAUAUAUAUAGUGAAGUUACACCAGCCACAUGAAGUAAACUAUCCCAUUCUGUGCAAUGUUUUUUCCUUCCAAGAAUUCUGUCUUCAAAAGGGAAAGGGAUAAGCUUAAUAAUGUGGUGAUAUUAUCAUAAAAAAAAAAAUAUCUUACUCUUCAUCUACCUCCUCCAUAUUAGAUCCAGGAUUAGAAAAAAGGAAUAAACACUAGCAUUUGACUUCAUAAGUGUGGUUGCUAUUAUUAUUUUUUUUCACCACAGGAAUUACUUGUCUUAAAAAAUAUGUCAAAAUUACUUCAGUAGAUAUGGCCAUGUUGUAUAAAUUAUGAAAUAUAAUGCAAAAUGGAAUCCUCCAUGUAGUUCAGAAGCUUUAUUUCCUAAUGGAUGCGUAAAAUGUCAGAGAUAAGAAUUACAGGAUAUUAAGUAGUUCUGGAAAUGAUAAGUAGCUUCCAAGAAAGUUUGAUGCUGUGUUUUCAAAGAUUUGCAAAAUAAUGAUAUUAUUUUCAAACCAGCUCGAUUUCACAUUAUCUUACCACACUUUUAUCUCUAGUCUUACCAGAGUGGCCACUGUACUCUU